AUGCAUUUGGGGAAUUGUAGUCCUUGCAAAGCUUGUUGGGAAGUGGAGGCUUGAAUUUGGGGCAGGGCCUGGGUGCGGGGUGCAUGCUGGGAAUUGCAGUCCUGGGAUUUUCAUUUUGCAAUGCCAAAGGGGAAGCAUUAAGUGUCCCCUGUUUUUGCAGUGUUUGGGAUUUUGGGGGUCUUGGAGCAUGUCUUUCAAGAGGGAAGGAGACGAUCCCAGUCAACUCAAUGUCUUGAAGAAAAGAAGAGUUGCGGAUCUUUUGGCGCAUUAUAUUCCCGAAGACGAAGCCUUGCUCCUGAGGGAUGGCAGAUACGCUUGCACAGUCUGCUUCCACAGGCCGGUCUUCGACACUCUUGACAUGCUCACGGUCCACCGUUCUGGAAAGAAACAUCUCAUGAGUUUGCAGAAGUUUUAUGGGAAGAAACGUUCCCUUGAGAGCGAAGUUGAGAAGCGCCAACACCAGGCAUACCUAGAAGCAGAAGGAUCGGGAACACAGGCAACGCCGGGCCCUGCUCCAUUACUUGCCGCCACCAGGAAAAUUACCCAGAACGCUUUGCUGAAAGCCGCCCCGUAUAACAGCUGCUGUCGGCGCAACAGGGAGGUUGGAGUCGAACCCGGUACUUCAAGGAUGGGUGCGUCCUCUCAACCUACCGAGAGAGAUGCCAUGUUGAAAGCCAAAAAUGUGCCAAUGAAGGGGAACAAUGUACCCGCUGGACUGGAAACCACCCAGACAGUUCACCUGCCUGGAUCUGGAAUCAAGAGGACAGAUUCACCGAAAGAUCCUCCUCUAGGAAAGGAGGGCAGCCAUGAAGAGAAAGCCUCUUCUCUUGGGACGUCCUCUACCAAAUCCACAGAACUCACCCCAGAGAAACGGCGCACGUUGGAGCAUUAUCUGAAGCUAAAAAGCUCUGGUUGGGUCCAGGACGGUUCCGGAAAAUGGGUAAAAGACGAGAACGCCGAAUUUGACUCGGACGAAGAGGAACCCCCGCCGCUGACUCCAUUGUGACUGCGCAAUUGCUGACUCUCCCCAGAACCACGUCUUUAUAGAAAGAUGUCAACUGAGCACAAAAAAGCCUUUUUUCCUUUCACAGGGGAAAUGAUUUUACUACAGAUGGCAAUAGCUUAUUAAAGAAAUAGGAAAAUGG